AUGCCUGCAGAAGAAAAGAAUAAGGUCAUUUACGUCUCUCACCCAUCAGGAUCAACUGCCGAGAUUGCACUCUAUGGUGCUACUGUUACAAGCUGGAAGACGCGUGGUGUUGAGCGCUUGUUUGUAAGCCAAAAGGCUAUUCGUGAUGGUUCCAAGGCUAUUCGUGGUGGUAUCCCUCUUGUUUUCCCCAUCUUUGGCACCAAAGAGAAUAUCUCUCUUCCCCAGCACGGUUUUGCUCGUAACUCUUACUGGGAAUACCUCGGAUUGAUUGCCGAUAACGAUGAGGUUACAGUGCGAUUUGCAUUGAAAGACACUGCACUCGAAAAGACACUUCGUGAUGGUUGGCCACAUUCAUUCCGCUUGACGUAUACGGUGACCUUGACUGCCGAUUCAUUGAAGACCGCAUUAAUGGUCAAGAACGAGGAUCAAGAUACUUUCGAGUUCAAUACUCUGCUACAUACAUAUCUCAAUGCACCUGACAUUAGCAAGGUUUCAGUCAAAGGUCUGGCAGGAUUGACCUAUGUCGAUAAAGUGCAAAAUGGUGCAAAGGCUACGGAGUCCCGUGAUGAGGUUACUGUGUCAUCCGAAGUGGAUCGUAUUUAUUGUGAUGCCCCCAACAAGCUUCAAGUCAAUUUUGGUGGAUCCAAUGUAGUCGACAUUGAAAAGUUCGGUCUCAAGGAUACAGUUGUCUGGAAUCCCUGGGUUGAUAAGGCAAAGGCUAUGGGUGAUUUUGGAGAUGAAGAGUUCCAUAACAUGAUCUGCGUUGAAGUGGGCUCAGUUGCUGAUUGGGUCAAACUCGGUGGUGGUGAGACUUGGACUGGUGGACAAGUCCUUAGUGUCUUGUAG